AUGCCGCCGUUUUCGGCUCGCCUGAUCGCGGACGUUGCGUCAAUUGACCCCGACCAACGUACCGGUGCUUCGGCGAGUCGAGCGGCCAGUCACGUUGUGGCUCGAAGGCUUGGGCCCUGCGGGAGUGGUGUCGGCGCUAUGGAGGUGGACGGGCCGUCGAUGCCCUCGCCGUCUCCUCCGCCGCCGUCGCCGGUCCUCCCCGUGCCGACUGUUGAGCGCGCCUCGACAUCAUCAGAGGCGUGCCCACCAGUAAGACGCGAGGGUGCACGCUCGGAAAGGUCGUUGCCGAUGAAUACGCCGGCUAGAGUAGGCGCCUCGAAUCCUGAGUAUAAUGAAAGCUUUUCAGAACACGCUCCUCAAUUGAGUACUAGUGGCUGUACUAAAACUAUCAUUUUAUCACUUAUAGCUUUAAUAAGCUUAUGCAUAAAUUGUCUAACUGUUUGGUCAAUUUUAUCUAACAAAAAAAGAAAGCAUAGCUAUACAGCAAUUAAUUUUCUAAUUAUACAGCUUUCUAUUGCCGAUCUUUUUGUAACUGUUUUUUGUAUUGGAGGUGAAGCUCUGUGGAGCUACACUAUAUCCUGGCCUUGGGGAAAUACUGCGUGUAAAGCCUUCAAGUUUUUCCAAAUGUUCAGCCUUUAUCUAAGUACCUUUAUACUGGUUUUUAUUGGUAUAGAUCGUUUUAUUGUUGUUAAGUAUCCAAUCAAAAAUAUUAAAAGUGAUCUAAGAUAUCCUCAAAUCAUUGCAUCAAUCUGGAUUUUCUCAUUAAUACUUAGUAUUCCUCAGGUGGUGAUAUUUCAUGUUGCUCAAGGACCAUUUGUCGAAAAAUUUUCGCAAUGCGUAACUUAUGGUUUUUACACUGAGUCUUGGCAAGAGCAGUUGUAUACUACAUUGAGUCUAAUUUUUAUGUUUAUUCUACCACUUUUAAUUUUAAUCACAUCAUACGUUUCUACUGUUAUUACUAUUGCUCGAAGUGAAAGAGUCUUUAAGUCAAAAAUAAUGUAUAACCACACAAUCAAUAAUAGAGGAGACUUGAGUCGUGAAAGAUUAUUGCAGAGAGCUAAAAUUAAAUCACUGCGUAUUAGCGUUGUGAUAGUGAUAGUUUUCUUACUGUGGUGGGCUCCAUAUUAUAUUAUGAUGAUUAUAUUCAUGUUUUUGGAUCCGGAUCGAGAUAACAUAAUAUUAAUUUUCAAUUCUAUGAAAUGA